AUGCACGGCGGUCCGGGAGCGCCGUCGCAGGCCGCGGGCAUCCCGUCGGGCCCAGUCGUCGGCGUCGUCGCUCCGCCGCAUCCCAACGCGCAGCGGCUCAACGACCUCCUCGAGUUCGUCAAGGCCGAGUUUGAGCAGGUCGCCGGCGAGGGCAGCGUCUUGCGGGCGCAGCGCGAGGAGUACGAGGCCAUGAUCCACACGCACGCGAGCGAGCUCAACGCGAUGCGCGCCAUGGUGUACGACCUCGAGCGCAAGUACCACGACGACAAGCGCGUUCUGCAGGAGGAGAACUCGAGGCUGCAGGAGGAGAACUCGCGCCUGCGGCAACAGCUCGACUCGUCGCGCUCGUCCGUCUCGUCGGCGGGCAACCCGUCCCUGUCGGGCCCGAGCAGUCGCUCCGCCUUUCCGCCCAUGAUCUCGCCGGCACCCGGUGCGCGCCCCGGGAGCGCAGGCGUGUUUGCGGGGCGCGACGGCGAGCGCGACUUUGCGCAGCCGGGGCCGUACGGCUCGGGCGCCAACGGGAGGGGCGGCGAGCGCGAGGCCGAGCACCCGAACAAGCGCAUGCGCACCGACGACGAGGACCGCAGGAAAGGUGCAGCGUCCAUUCCUCCGCCACGCCACGCCCCGGCCGCCAUUCCUUAUCCGUCCUCUCGCCCUCCUUCGACCGGGCCUCCCGGCGGUCCUCCCCUCCAGCACCCGUCGCCUCUCCCUCCCUCAGCGUCCGCCGUCCCCGCCAUCGCCGCCGCCUCGAACGCUCAUUCUCGAGCAUCGACGCCCGCUCAGCAGCAGCCGCCGCAGUCGCUCAAGGACGACAAGCCUGUCGAGGUGACGAGCUUCGACCCGGACACGGCGCCCAAGGACCUCAAGAAGGAGGGGAGCGACUGGAUGACGAUGUUCAACCCCAACGUCAAGCGCGUCCUCGACGUCGGCCUCGUCCAUACGCUCGUCCACGACUCGGUCGUCUGCUGCGUCCGCUUCUCGCCCGACGGCAAGGUCCUCGCGACGGGCUGCAACCGCAACACGACGCUGUACGACACCAAGACGGGCGCCAAGAUCGCCGUCCUGUUUGACGAGACGGCCGGCGCCAAGACCGACAACUACAUCCGCUCGGCCUCGUUCAGCCCCGACGGCAAGUUCCUCGCGACCGGCUCGGAGGACCGCAUCGUUCGGAUCUGGAACCUCGCCCACAAGCGCAUCUCGCAGGUCUUCCAGGGCCACAAGAGCGAGAUUUACUCGCUCGCGUUCUCGCCCGACGGUCGCCGCCUCGUGUCGGGCUCGGGCGACAAGACGGCCAAGAUGUGGGACCUCGAGUCGGGCACCUGCCUGUACACGCUCGCCAUCGACGACAUUACGAUCGCCGAGAACGGCCCUGUCGACGCUGGCGUCACGUCGGUCGUCUUCUCGCCCGACGGCAAGUUCCUCGCCGCCGGCUCGCUCGACACGAUGGUGCGCAUCUGGGACGCCGAGUCGGGCCAGCUCCUCGACAAGCUCAAGGGCCACCGCGACUCGGUCUACUCGGUCGCGUUCAGCCCCGACGGCAAGUUCCUCGUGUCGGGCUCGCUCGACAAGACGCUCAAGAUGUUCGACAUCGGCUCGCUCAAGGCGGCGCUCGCUGCGGGCGUCAAGGACGCGCCCGUCGGCGAGGGCGGCAAAACGACCUGCCUAACGACGCUCCAAGGCCACAAGGACUACGUGCUCUCGGUCGACAUCUCGCCCGACGGCGCCUGGAUCGUGUCUGGGUCCAAGGACCGCGGCGUGCAGUUCUGGGACCCCAAGACGGCAAAGGCGCAGUUCAUGCUGCAGGGGCACAAGAACUCGGUCAUCUCCGUCGCCGUCUCGCCGGGACCGCACGGUCUCAUCGCCACGGGCUCGGGCGACUGGAGCGCCCGUAUCUGGUCGUACGAGCGGAUACAGUGAGGGGGCGAGCGGUGCGCGAGGAGGGUCGGCCUUCUCGAGGAGGAGGACGGCGAGGCGAGAGUGGGUCGUUCUCGAGCAGGCCGGGAUCCUGCAAGCUGGGCUUUCUGCGCAUCGCC